AAGACAAAUCCUGUGUUUGCGACCAAAUGAUCAGCAUUUUGUACAGCUAGCAAAAACGAUAGGAAUUGGUGACUUCUACAAUUUCUUUAUAAACCUUGGCAUGAAGAAUGCUGAUUACGAUAACUUAAAUUUCCGGUAUUUCUCAAAUCCAAUGGACUUUAUGUUAAUGGGGCUAUUUGAAUGGAGAGAUUCAACAGAAAGCGACAAAUCGACAGCAACAUUUGAGAAAUUGCAGAAAGCUCUGACGGCCAUUGACAGACAGCAUUGUCUCUGUCAGGUAUACAGAGAAGACCAUAGUUUAGUGGAAAUAGCCGAAAAUCGUCUGCAAGAUGUUCCGUCAGAUGACGUAAUUAAUACUUUGACAGAAAAGAAGCUGAUAGGUGAUUGUGUAGUUCACCUAGGAGUAGAAUUGGGUAUUAGCAUUGGUGACAUCAAGGAAACUAUGCAUAAUUUUCCAAAGGACUUGAACGGUCAAAUAAACGAUCUUUUAGUAAAAUGGAAAAACUGGGAAAAAUCAGACAGGACAAAACCAACAAUUUAUCGAUUAAUGGUAACUUUGAAACGUAUAAAAUCAGCUGCAGGCUUAGCUUUUGUGAAGAAAGCGUAUGGCGUAGAGUAAGAUUUAAAAAUGAAGCCUACUCACAUUAUUUUAUCAGGGCUUUGUCUUAGACGAAUUGGAUAAUUUCCAAUCACAAAACUUUUAAUAGAGAUUUCACAAAGAAUGAUUUGCUGUUUUAUUGGACCUCAGUUGACUCACAGUUAAAAUGUUACAGAAAUAUAUUAAGCU